ACCUCUUGAACCCGGAAGUAAUCUCCGUAGGUCCCUGUGUAGUGGAAAACCGGGAGCUUGGAAGUGUAGGACGUGGAUCCUAGGACAGGUUGGUCCCGAGCCACAAACAAAGUUGCUGUGACCUCGAGGACUGUUGAGGGCACAGCUGCACCUCGCCCCACCCAAGCUGUGCCCCAUGGAGUCUACGUUCAGCAGCCCCGCGGAGGCGGCCUUACAGCGGGAGGCGGGCGCCCCAGGACUGUUCACCCCUCCCGAAGACCUCGACCGAGUCUACGAGCUGGAGCGAGUCACGAAAUUUGUCUGCGAUUUAGGGUGUCAACGGGUGGCCUUACAGUUCCCUGACCAGUUACUGGGAGAUGCCGGAGCAGUGGCUGCACGCCUGGAGGAAGUCACAGGAUCUAAGAUGUUCAUUUUAGGGGACACGGCUUAUGGCAGCUGCUGUGUGGAUGUGCUGGGCGCUGAGCAGGCUGGAGCUCAAGCCCUCGUUCACUUUGGUCCUGCCUGCUUAAGCCCCCCUGCCAGCCUGCUACCGAUCACCUUCGUCCUUGGUCAGCGUUCUGUUGCCUUAGAACUCUGUGCAAAGGCCUUUGAAGCCCAGAACCCAGAUCCCACAGCACCGGUGGUACUGCUGAGUGAGCCAGCUUGUGCCCAUGCCCUAGAGGCUUUGGCCACUCUCCUGCGCCCAAGGUACCAAGAUCUGCUCAUCUCCAGCCCAGCUCUUCCCCUGCCAGUGGGGUCCCCAAGUUCACAGCCUGAGCCUCUGGAGCGUUUUGGGCGACGCUUCCCCCUGAGCCCAGGAAGGUGUCUGGAAGAAUAUGGUGCCUUCUAUGUGGGCGGUUCUCAAGCCAGCUCUGACCCUUUCCCUGAUCCAGAUCUGAGCAGACUGCUCUUGGGUUGGACACCGGGAAGACCCUUCGUUUCCUGCUGUCCGGACACAGGACAGACACAAGACCGGGGUGUCCAGGCUGGGCGGCUAAGAGCACGAAGACUGUAUCUCGUAGAGAGGGCCAGAGAUGCCCAUGUUGUGGGGCUGCUGGCAGGCACAUUAGGUGUAGCUCAACACCGGGAGGCACUGGCACACUUGCGGAAACUGACUGAGGCUGCUGGAAAGCGUAGCUAUGUAUUGGCCCUGGGGAGGCCCACACCUGCCAAGCUUGCCAACUUCCCUGAGAUGGACAUCUUUGUGCUUUUGGCCUGUCCACUGGGAGCCCUAGCCCCUCAGCCUUCAGGUGACUUCUUUCGGCCUGUGUUGACACCGUGUGAACUGGAGGCUGCCUGUAACCCUGCCUGGCCACCUCCGGGCCUGGCUCCCCAACUCACACAUUAUGCAGAGCUGUUGCCUGGCUCUCCCUUCUAUGUGCCACUCCCUCCUCCUGAGUCAGAACUGUGGGAUACCCCAGAUGUGUCGCUCAUUUCUGGGGACCUCCGGCCACCACCUUCUUGGAAGUCAUCCAGUGACACUGGAUGUUCUGCCCUAACUCCAAGGCCCCAGCUGGAGCUGGCUGAGAGCAGCCCUGCAGCUUCAUUCCUUAAUUCCCGGAGCUGGCAGGGAUUGGAGCCCCGCUUGGGUCAGACACCAGUGAAAGAAGCUGUCCGCGGAAGACGAGGUAUUGCCAUUGCCUAUGAGGAUGAGGGAAGCGGCUGACUGACACCAUAAGACCAGAAUCAGGGUGACAAAUCUGCUGGGACUUGUGCUCCCUGAACCAAAGUUGCAUCCUCUCACUUACAUGAUACUUGAGCCUGGAUAGAGGGAAUGCAGGUAGCUCCUCCCUGAGGAGCUGUCUAGCCUGUCCUGGCACUGGCUCAGCACACAUCUGUGCAAUAAAUGCCUGUUUGACAGGUGGGGGAAAAAAGGUCCAGGCCUUUCUUGGGCCCAUCUGUCAGCAGCCUUGGACUGUGGCUGACCCCGGUUCCUGGUGUGCAGGUGUAGUUCUGCCCUUGUUCAGGGCAGGAAUUGGAUGGUCCAGACCAAGGUUCUCCCCCUCAGCACUGUUAACACUCCAAGCAAAGCAGUUCUUUACUAUGAAGGCUGUUCUGUCCAUGGUGGGAUGUUUAGCUUCAGCAGAAACACAUCCCCCCAGCUAUGACAACCCAGAUUAUGUCUUGCCGCUGGCACAUGUCAUGUAACUGCUUCUAACUGAAAACCACUGGUCUAGACCCAUGCAGUCCAAAACAAUAUUCAUUAGACACAUGGCUUUUGCAGUUUUAAAGAAUAUGAAAAACUGUCUCUCGGUUAACUGAUGACAUUUCAAGUACUCAUAUGACUGGAUGGGGGACAAUUCUGUCAUAGCACAUAGAUCUGUGGGACAGUGUUGGACUACACUGACUCAACCCUGUCUGGAGGUGCAGGGGGAACCAAGGAAACUGAAAUAAACCAAAUGCUUUUCCUCUU